UUGGUCUUUUGGUCGUGGUCUGGAGUUAGUUUUUACUACACCUCAGUGUUCGUGACAUAUUUACGACUCUCUAUGGUAGCUUUCAUAUUCGUUUUACAAAGCUCGGCUUUAAUUUUUGAUUUGAAGUGUUUCUUCAUCUACUAUAUUUACUUGGAACCUAUAAUUAGUUAAUUUGUCCAUGGGGCUGCAAGAAACGUAAGACGACACUUUCGAUUAUACGUGAGAACAUCAUAAUUGGCUAUCAUAUACCACUUUAUGAUGAGCAGACAGGUGAGGCUCAGUAAAAGGUUUGGCAACCUCCAGGGAAGGUCUUCCCAGGAGUUUUCAUUAAGCUCUUAACAGAACAACAACUACCGGGGGAUUCUUGGUACUGGUUAAACUAAAGCAACUAAAAAUCCCUGCACACCUGUCUCUCUCGCUCUCUGUUAUGUGUGAGCAAACACAAGCACUAUAGUGAAGCUCCAGGAGCGUGACUGUAGCAGCGUUUGUGUCCUGCAGAGUAGUGCAGACAAUAUGUAUUGUUGUGCGGUUAUGCAGUCAAAAUAAUUGGAGCUUUCGUAAGUAAUUUGAGUAAUAGUCUAUAGACUUUGUACACAUGCAGCAAACAGUUUUUGUAAUAGCAACUAUAGCUGAAGCACAAGAACACCCGAGACAUUAGGAACAAUGCGCUGGAGUAAUUUACACCGUUACACAGGUGUCUGUUGAUUAGACCCAAGUCGGUCGGCGCUAUACUAACUCAGCUUUUCUUGGGAGUCCGCUCAGCAGCGACUUUUAAAGUUCACACGGAGUGUUGUUGUAAACGAAGUGGAAUCUGAAAGUGAAGACACGGCUCAAAGGUCAUGGGAUCAACUUCAGGUCCUCAUGCCAUCGGAGAAGGCCUUUACUUCAGUGACGGCCGACGGAAAGUCGACUAUGUUCUGGUCUUUCAUCAGCGAAGGCACACCUCGAUACGAUCUCCUGCUAGUGCCUCCGUUUCACAAGACCGGUUAUCUAUUGUUUCUAAUGGCAACUUUCCUUCAAUGGCGGCCUCAGAUGUGGCACCAGGUGGAAGUGGUGGUGGUGGUGGAGGCGGCGGCGGAGGCAUUCCAGGAGGGGAGGGUGCGGGCGCCAGCGAGGUGUUCAUGGAGCUUGGAGGAGCAGGAGAUGGCGAGCCAAUGGAGCCCGGUGACCAUGAGAUGCGUCUAAUCAGGCAGGAGUUUGAGGCUAACCUACUAGAGGCUGGUUUGGAGAUUGAGAGAGACAGAGAGUUAAAGAGCCAUGGCCCCAGCUUUACCAGAGUCCACGCACCAUGGCCAGUAUUAUGUCGAGAGGCUGAGUUUCUCAAGAUUAGAGUCCCCACCAAGACGAGUUAUGAAAUCAAAGAGGAAACUGGUUUCGGCUCCAGUAUGAGCACAGUGUGGAGAACGCUGACCAAGCCUUUCCAGCCUAAAGUACCACAUCAAGAUCAUGGACGCACCAAAUUUCUUUCACACUGCUUCUCCAGGGACAAGCUACACUUGUACAACAUCACAUCUAAAGACACUUUCUUUGACAAUUCUACAAGGGGCAGAAUAGUUUAUGAGAUCCUGAGACGGACGGUGUGUGCACGAACCUGUCAAACCAUAGGCAUCAGCACAUUGAUAGCUAAAGGCGUGUAUGACGCUGCCUUCCCUCUUCACGAUGGUGACUACAAGGUCAUCGGACACCUGGAGGAGAGGAACGACAGACAGGUUCUGCAUGAAGAGUGGGCUAGAUACUCAGCCUUUUACAAGUACCAACCCAUUGAUCUAGUCAGGAAGUACUUUGGUGAGAAGAUCGGCCUUUACUUUGCAUGGCUCGGCGUGUACACCCAGCUGCUUGUACCAGCUUCCAUAGUGGGUAUCAUUGUGUUUGGCUAUGGAGUCGCGACAAUGGACACUAAUAUACCAAGUCUGGAGAUGUGUGACCAGCGUCUCAAUUUCACCAUGUGUCCUCUGUGUGACCGAGCAUGUGACUUCUGGCAUCUCAGCACUGCCUGUGGAACCGCCAAAGCUUCACACCUCUUUGAUAACCCUGCCACUGUCUUCUUUGCCAUCUUCAUGUCUCUAUGGGCGGUGCUAUUUCUGGAACAGUGGAAGCGACGUCAGAUCAGUCUGAGCUUCAGCUGGGACUUGACAGGCAUUGAGGAGGAUGAGGAACACCCCAGGCCAAGAUAUGAGACCGUCCUCCUGCAGAAAAGACAGAAGAAGCAGAACAAUAAGAAAAAGAAGAAGAAAAAGAAUGAGCCAGCAAAGCAGGAGGACGGGACAGUGACAGGGAAGGACAGAUGGAGACAAAAACUACUGUCAGCCAUGUCUGCAGGAAUACCGUCUCCUAUAGAGAAGCUGACCUGGAAAGAUCGCCUUCCUGGAUACUUGAUAAAUGUGUCCUCUAUCCUCUUCAUGUUUGCGCUGACAUUUUCUGCAGUUUUCGGCGUCAUCAUUUACCGCAUCACGAUCUCUGCGAUCAUGGCGAUGAGCCCUGACCCGGAGAUCAGGCACAAUGUUCGGGUGACAGUCACUGCCACUGCGGUCAUCAUCAACCUCGUGGUUAUCUUGAUUCUGGAUGAAAUCUACGGUGCUGUGGCAGUGUGGUUAACUGAGCUAGAGAUUCCUAAAACAGAAACCAACUUUGAAGAACGGCUCAUCCUGAAAGCCUUCUUACUCAAGUUUAUGAACGCAUAUGCUCCCAUCUUUUACGUGGCUUUCUUCAAGGGACGGUUUGCUGGACGCCCGGGAAAUUAUGUGUAUGUGUUUAAUGAUUUUCGGAUGGAGGAGUGUGCUCCAGGAGGGUGCCUCAUUGAGUUGUGUAUUCAGCUCAGCAUCAUCAUGUUGGGGAAGCAACUAAUCCAGAACAACAUCUUUGAGAUUGGCAUCCCGAAAUUGAAGAAAUUGGUCCGUACAUUAAAGGAAAAAGAAACGACACCAAAGGCGAGGGAGGAAGAGAAGCCACCUCAGCAGUGGAACCUGGACUAUGCCCUGGCUCCCUUUGAAGGCCUCACUCCAGAAUACAUGGAGAUGAUCAUCCAGUUUGGUUUCGUCUCUCUGUUCGUGGCUUCUUUCCCGCUGGCUCCUCUCUUUGCCCUGCUGAACAAUAUCAUUGAGAUCAGAUUGGAUGCCAAGAAGUUUGUUACAGAGCUGCGUAGGCCAGUCGCUGCACGAGCUAAAGACAUUGGCAUUUGGUACAAUGUACUAAGUGGAAUGGGCAAGUUCUCAGUCAUUAUAAAUGCCUUUGUGAUCUCCUUUACGUCCGACUUCAUCCCUAGGCUCGUUUACGAGUACAUGUACAGUCCGACGGGCACCAUGCACGGCUUCAUUGACCACACGCUGUCCUACUUCAACGUGUCCGAUUUAAAACCUGGCACAGCACCACAGAACUCUGAGCUUGGAAACAUAACUUUAUGCCGGUAUAAAGACUACAGGGAACCCCCAUGGUCUCCAGACGCGUACCAGUUCUCUAAACAGUACUGGUGUGUCCUGGCUGCAAGGCUCGCCUUCGUCAUUCUGUUCCAGAACCUGGUGAUGUUCCUCAGCCUCGUGGUUGCCUGGGUGAUUCCUGAUGUUCCCAAAACCAUCGUGGAGCAGCUCAAAAGGGAAAAGAAGCUCCUGGUCGAUGUCUUUUUACAGGAGGAGAAGGAGAAAUUACAACUCAUCCAGCGCCUGUUUGCCAAGGAUGCCACCCUCCACCCCAGUGGCAACACGCUCCCCCCAGGGCAGGAUCUGCCGAUCCCGGGUCGCUACAGUACUUUACCAUCGGGGCCCACAGCUGGAGAGGACCGAGGAGGAGGAGGGCCAAGGGCAAGAUGCAGGGCAGCCAGUUUCAGCCAGUUCAACAGGAAUAUUGCCUCUUCGCCAAUGAAGGAAAACGAGAAUUCAAAACACACAGCAGUGUGAGAUGAAACACACGUUACGGGGGUGCUUCAGCUGGUUCUAUGGAUUGUCACUUGGGUGACUCGGUCCAUGUAUGUCUUUUCUGUGUCUUAUGUGUAUGUGUGGCUUACCUUUUGAACAUAAAUUUUAAAUUCACUGAUAUGUGAGUGGUUGACUCUGCAAUGUUCACAUUGAUUGACUAAAUGGGUGUGAGCGUGUGUGUGUGUGUGUGUGUGUGUGUGUAUGUGUUGUUCCUACUCUCACUGACUGUUUACCUGAAAGAGUUGUCGUUUUUACUUUUUGGUCAAAAUAGUGAGGCAUACUAGCUUCAUAGCGUAGAGAAGCAAUAAUCAUCAUGUUAGGUUAAACAACUAAAUGUUGCAGGAACCUGGAAGAGACUGGAGAUGAAGAGAAGACUAUGAACUAAUGGGUAGUCUUAAUAAGCAUUUAACCAACAUGAUUAAACUGACAGACAUUGUGGCUCCUCAUUAGGGCUGUCAAUAGUUUCCUGCUUUAUCUGCUUAUGCUAUUCAUGUAUUUUUGUUUACAGAAUUUGUAGCAGUUGAAAAAUACCACAUUUUCUGUACUCUUCUCUUUAGAAUUCAGGAAUACACUUUGAACCCCUUUUUUUCAGAAUUCACUAAAAUUGCCACUAAAGAUUGAGCUGCUGGUCAUUGUUUCUCUUUACCUUACCCUGAGUUUAAAAUGAUGGAAAAAUGCUAAUGUGACAAACCAUGUUUAUGGCACUCAUUUCAGUUGAAGCUGUCGUGACAACUUUCAGCUGACUGUUGAAUGACUUUAAUAACUUGUGAAUGCAAAGGAAAAGCCAUCUCUUUUAUAGACUGAGUCAGGUGAAAAUGAUCACACUGUGUCUUAUUGACAGCGAAACAAAAGGCAUUAGCUGUCCUUUAUUAUGAAACACCUGACAGUGUACCUUGACAUUCCUUCAGGUAAGUAAUCAAUCUGAGCCCGUUCUGCUUAAACAGAAGACCUUAACAUGGACUCAACAUGCCCAUUUAGUGGAAAUCUGCAUCUUCACACACACACAGAUUUCUUUGAUUGCGGUUAAAUCACGUUUUGUUUUUUUUUAUUAGCUUGUUAGCAAGCUAAUAUGUAAAAUGUUAACCCUAAGGUUCCUGUAUUAUGAAGGCAGUUCCAUUCUCAACGAGUUACAUGCAAUGGGAACUUAUUUUGUAAUUUAUGCAGCAGUCCUAAUCUGCUGCUGCGCAGAUUAUACUCUAGAUUAAAUAUGAACACGUAAGAAAUCACUGCCUGCUGACCAAUCAGUUCUCUGGAAAAUAAUACCCCUCUGACUUUGGCAGGAAACUGUUUUACAAAAGUUACUCCUUUGAAAACGGGGUGCCCAUUUGUCUUUGUAGACCUAAUAUCAAAUUGGCGUGUACCCUUGAAUUCUGUUUUUAUAUUUAUUCUGUUUACUCAUUCAAAUAGCAACAUGACUGCAACUGAAAUAAUGAAAACUGAAAUUUUACUUUCAGACCAAUAGAGCGGUGAUAUUGGUAAGCCUGUUAACUUAGCCCAUACAAUCAGCAUUUCUGCUAGCUUUCCUUAUUGACUUUAAAUAUGCCCAAUUUGAUUAACAUGAAAGGUAUUCACAGAUUAGAUUCACAGAGACACAUUUAUACAGCGCUUUCCCCCUCUCACAGUCAUCCUCUCACUAUUGUAUUAUUCUAAUAUGAUAGUCAUGUCUUCCAGAUGCUCUACUGCAGUAGAAUUUUCCAUGUUUGUGAUUGGUCAGAUGAUGCCAGCACCAACCCUUUCAUGUGAAUGUGCUCUUAGCCAGAUUGAUGAACCCUGGGUUAAAAUAUCCUGACAUCCUAGGUACAUCAAACUUGCUUUGUAGUAAAGACCCCAGGUCUGUUGGUGUAUAGUUAAAUGACAUACAGAUUAAAAGAGCUUUUGCAUGUUAUUCAAAAAUUAAAUUCUAAGAAAUAUAAGCUGUGAUCAUAUUGUAGCUAAUGUACAUGAAAUGGCAUAAAACAGCUUCUCAGUAGGCAGUUCCUUUGCAGUCAUUGAUCGUCUCUUGGAAGUCAAUGUUCAUCGAUGUACCUACUGAAACAGUCCAUAGCUAUGUAGCCUACAAAUGUUAAUUUAACAGAUGGUCUCCAAACAAGCCCGCUUGUUGAUGGUGUAGAAUUUGUGAUUUUAGAAAAUUUGUCCCUUUAUAACAUCCAGUGUCUUGCAAGACCUUAAGCUAUUAAGCUACUUUCUUUUAUUCAGACAAUGUUAAUGUGAUGUGCAUAUCAUACUGGAGUAAAUAAGUUCCCAUCAUGAAGUAGCGCUCACUCAUAACCAAAUCUGAGAAGGUUGAAUUUGCAAAGAGGUGUUAAAAUUAAAUGGACAAAGCUACGCUGAACACAACAUUUUUAAACAUCACACAUCCAUAUCAGCAUUAUUGCUAUCUGAUAUUCCAACAGUUAAUACUGUUGUCAGCAAACAAUUUGAAUGUGCAAAGAAUGCAGCUAAGAUUAGUUUUUAUUUGGAUUUCUUCAUGUUUAGCUUUUAGGACCCUAAUGGAUGAGAAGCCAGCUGUUAUCCAAUAAAAGCAACUGUCAGUGAGAGAGGCUGGUUACGUGACAGACCUACAAAAGUCAUGUGCUCUAUAGAUGAAAAAUGUAAAGGCUAUGGUUAGUGGGGUUUUUUGUUUGUUUUGGGGUUUUUUUUGGUUUUUUUUUUUUUCUUUUUUUUUUUUUUAAAGGGUGAAUGCAUCAUGUACUGUAGUCUGAAUACUUUCAGUAUUGAUGAAUCCCCGCAAGACUGCAUCUUCUUUUUAAAUUCUUGAAUUGAUGAAGCUUAUUAGCUUAGCUUGGUAACUUAUUUCAACACCUAUGAAAUUCAGCUCCUGUACACUUGGUGCUGUGUUCAUCCUACAUUACAGAAGAAGGUCUGUCAUGAGGUAUGUUAAAUAUCUAUUUUGUCACAGUAAUUGUGAUCAGUCUGUGUUUCAUAACAUGAAAUAGACAUGGUAUUUGCAGUAGGAGUAGACCCGCAAGCUACUAUAAACUAUUUGUAGGUGUCACAAGAUAUUAGACUGCUCAAUUAACCAAAACUGCUUCAAUUCAUGCCCUCUUGGAAAAAAAUACGGAGGGAAAGUGUUGUUAAUUUUAAUCUUCACAGAUUUAACAGUGUGGAAGAAUCACUCCUGCUGCUAAUGUGUAUUGCUGGCCAACUGCAUAUUGUAUACUUUUCAAGGAUGUGUGAUGGGACAGUGAAUCUUCACUGGAAUGAAAGGGUACUUUCUUGACACUCAAUAUCUAGUUCUUGUAAUAAUGUUAAUAUGCCGACAUGCUGUAAACCUUCAGUGCUGUUUCAGAGGCCUUGUAACUGCUCUUUACUUUGCAUUUGUCACAUCAUCUGCCCAUCUAAUACUCAGUGACAGACUGUUAACUUUAUUUGUAUCGACUUUAGGAAGUUGUAAUUAAGAUCUAUUUGUUAAACGACUUUCUGUUGUUCAAAAAAUGUUGGUCCUAGUUUAAGAUGGUGUACAAAAUCCUAAAUACAGAAUUGUUAGAUGGAUUGGUUCUUCACAUUGUGUGAUGUGUACUUUUAUCCCAUAGUUCUGUUUAUUUAUUGGUCUUUUUUUGGACCAGGUAGUCUUAGUGUGAUUACUUGGUCAAAAGAAAAAUACAUCAUAAAUCCACAUGAACAGACACUGGAUUUUAUUGACCAGUAAAAAUCUGAUGCAUCAAAACUGCAACCGAUGAAGAGAAUAAUCCUCAUAAGGGAGUCUCUUCGUGCUUAUGUCCAGUGAAAUACCAAAUUAACUUAAAGAUGGUUUGCUUCAAAGUACGUCUCAUUCUGCUAAACACUGUCAUAAAAUCUGACGUCUCUUUGGACUCCAGCAAAGGUUGUAUUUCUACAUUAAAUUUAUGAAACACACCUUUUUUGGAUUGCUUAUACUACCCUGUAUAUGUCCAUGAACACCUUGAUACAAAAGUUGUAGCAACUGUUGUUUUAGGGUUGUUUCUGAUUAUUUCUGCCACCUGGUGGACAAAAGAUGCCCCGAUACAGCUUUAACAGUCUAUCUUGUAUUUUGACCAUUGGUUUAUGGUGAUUUUCUGCAAAUGCAAAUUGCUGCAGAGAAUUUUCCAGUGAUGUAAUACGUUAAAUCUUACUGAGUGAAGUCACUGCUUUGCUGAAUCGAAAUAUGAAUUAAUGGUUGAGUAGAUGCAAAAAUAAAUACUGCACAUUAGUAGCAUCUGAGCUUUAACCAGAUAAACAGUACUGUUUUGUAAUUCAGUUUAAUACAGCAGCCAACCAAAACCUGUAAAACGCAGUCUUUGCAAUCAAAAUUCAUACAUUAUAUCCAAAAAGAGGUGAAAUAAACCUCAUAGGUAUAUCUAAAAAAUUCACAUCAUGCAUGAAAUUAGUACUGAUUUCUACCCACAUGUUUUUCUACAUUCAAAUAUCUUUUUUCAAGGGAACUUUGACAACUUUUUUGCCAGCUUUAGUUGAUAGCAGUUGAUAUCAACUUAAGUUGAUAUAAGAUGUCCUCAUGAAGAUAUGGAUUCGUAUUAGUUUGUGUGACUUAAAGUUUAUGUUGCUAACUGAUAAUUGAAUAUCUGAAUGGACAGCCAAGAUACUUUCUACAACAUAACUGUAAGAGAAAAGAGAUGAUGUGACACUUUGUGAUAUUUUUACUCCCUGACAGUAUCCAGCUGCAAGUGUGAGCAAGUUGCUGCUGCUCUUCCUUCUUUCACUGGACAUGAGGUUACUGUUCAUACUUUAUCUGCUACAGCUGCUCAUUCUAUAGCGCUGUUGCAUAGUGAGUCAUUUCAACUUGUGAUGCAUCUGUGAAAGAUGCGUUGUCUUCAACAGCCAUCACAACAGUCAUUCCAUGUCCACACAGUUUCAUCCAUUUAAAUCAAACAGUCCUAAUCAUAACAAACAUAAAAACAAUCAUUGCUAGUUGUGUCAUCCACAGUCUGAAAUUUUAGUCAUAGAUUUGUCUUGGCAGUGCUCUUUGGGAGAGGCAGUCAAUCUCUGUUUUUCUUUCUAAAUGCUGUGACACGAACGGGUGCCUAACCGUGCAGCUGCAGCUGACGGUACACAGACUCUUACCAUAGUGACAACAAGCAGUGCAUGAUACUGUAUCAUACAACAGCACUUCUCCAUUGGUUAGGUGAAAUGCAAAUGGUAUUGCAACGCAAGGUAAAUAUAUUGUUCUUACAUUUUUAAGAAUUUAUGUACAAAGAUGGUUCGACACUACCCGAGGCUAAUGGGUUUUGCCUCUCCCUCUGUGAUGGGCUGUUGUCACAACAAACAAAGUGGAAAGUAAUCGGAUGACAGCUGUGUGAACCAAUGUUGACAGACAGUACUCGGAUGCAGAAAAUGAAAGGUUAUAUGCAGGCUGUUCUCAGGUGUGUAGAUGCCAGCCUGCAGAGAUGGAAGGCUACUGGUGCUAGCACUACUAAUGUUAGCCACACAUGUAUACGGUGCAAGGUUCCAUACAUUUCAGUGUCAUUUAAAGCUUAUUAACCAAGACUUUGACAGUCCCAUAUAUCUUGUAUAUACACCCCUAGUAUUUGCAUUGCCAAUGUUUAUUACAAAUAUCAUUAACUGGAUUUGCUUUUUCUCAUGAUUAAUCAACUACAAAUUAGUCGCCAACAACAUUUGUAGUAGUCACUCUAAAAAUAAGAAACUACACCCGUAGAUGAUAUUUAACAAAAUGUGUAAAUAUGUUAGAUUAUGGCCUCAUCAAUAAGGAUUAUGCUUUGAAUACUUCUUUAAAGUAAAAAUUUUCAGUCUGAUGCUAGUGCAAGGUAAGAGCACACAGAAUGUACUACAGUAAAGUAGUAAUGUACUACAGUACUGUUUUUGCAAGCAAUGUUAAAUUUGACCAUCAGCUAAUGCUUAAUUUGGAAAAUCAAUUUGUUUAGCUUUGAAAAAAAAAGUGUAAGAUAUUUUAAGUGUUGUCAGAAUACUGAUCAGAUACAAUAAUACACAUGUUUAACUGACUUAUUAAUUACAAUAUGUUGUUAUUUGCAUUGAGUAACUGACUAUAUAAUAAUCUGGCCCAACCCUGCAAACAUGAUUGCAACACAAGGCACAGAAAUCAGACAUCAACACCAAGCAAUAUGUACUACUGUUUGUGGCAUUGCGCUUUCAAGUGUGUUGCAAUGAAACACUAUGAAAACAUAGUUUUCCUUUUUGUAGUGUGAGGCCAAAUAGCUAUGUUGUUGUUGGAUGCCUAAGGAAAGCUAAACUUCACCACAGAAAAUGAGCUUGUGGUUACAUCAGAUGACUGAUGCUGGAAAUGAACAUGCAUGAGCACAAGUCUAGCAACCUCUUUUCUCUGCCAACUUGUUCCUAAAGCCAAAAUGUGUGCCCUACCAUGUGCUGUGCGACCAGUCCACAGGACACACAAGAGCUAAACUAAGUCAACCUUCGUUCACCAUUUGUCAGCUGGUUGAAACAGAAGGGAGCAACAACUCACAGAAAUAUGUGAAUUAUUCAUGACCUCUUCAUAAUUAAUCAUGUGGUGGUAAGUGAUGUGUUAAAAUUACAUAGCUACAACAAAGAAACAAUGCCACUGGAUGGUUAAUUGGUAGCUGUGUUCUUGUGGGAACAUAGUUUCCCUUGUGCUUAGAAACUGACAAAAACAGUCUGGCUUAAAGCGGUAGUUACUUAUUGAAUAUAAGACUCUUACUUUGGAGCCGGGUUCAACUCCCUCGUUGGACCAUUACUUUAAAACACGAGGUUUUUAUGUUUAUUUUCAGCUAUUGUGUGGUUAGGUGUACACCUAAAAUGCUGGCUUCCAGCGGCAUUCUGUUUUAUAAAUCUACGGCCAUAUCUUCUUGUGUAAGCGUGCAGUUAAUUUUGCUUUGCUUGCUAAGCAGAAAGACAAUUAGCAACGCUAACUAGCACAGUUUUGGUUAUGUUUAGGUUAAAGAAUCUUUCUGUUUGUUUGGGUUUUUUUUUUUCUUUCAGUUUUACUUCCUCUUCCCAUUUGGUUUCUAAUUAGCCAUUUCAGCUUAGUAUAGGCAGUCAGCAUCUCCUGCAAGUUCCCAGGUUGUCUUUGUGCUUCAUGAGCACAGAGAAAUGACAUUUCUUUGUUUCUUUAUUGGAUUCAUUGUGUACGUGUUUUUUUUCCUGUUCACAUUUAGUUUCCAGAUUCAGUAUUCUCCAUGUAUGGACUUACCCCAGAAAUACACUGGACAUGACUGUGAUUGCUCCCAAUUAAGACAGUGCUUGGAUGUCUUCCAGUGUGUUCAGUCCCAGCAUUGGCUUUCCACUCCAUGUUGUUCAAAAUAGGUCUAUUUUUAUGGGAACUACAUUAUGCUGUACAGGAAAGAGGAAAAAGGCAGUUAGACACAGAAAUCGGUGUCUGCUUAAAUACUGGGUUGUUGUGAGAGACUCCACUCCUUUCUGGGAUACUUUGAACAUCAGCAGGUAUUAAUACAAAUGUCUGAUUUAAAAAAUCUUCAGUCUGUGACCUCUCUAGUACAAAGCCAGAGGGAAGUAACGGCAUGUGGUCAAUUUUACAGAAAGGUAAGGACGUACACCGGGCGAUGCACACACAAACAAAAACAUCUGCUUCCACUAUUUAGGAAUUGAAGAUAAACUGGAUCAGUUAAAAACAGACUUGCUGUCUGCAAUCUACAUGGACGUGUUUCUGCACUCCCUCCUGGUUGAACAAUUGGAAAAUUUUAUUACUGCUAUAUUUAAAUAAAUAGCUACUAUACUCCAAAUAUUAUUUACUAUUAGUUGACGACAACAAGUGGAGGAUUUAUAUUACUGCUGCCAAUAUUUAAGGUUGAAUUUGAAUUAUAGAUGAUGUAUUUGAAUUUCAGGAGUAGGACCACAUCUCCAUAGACACCUGUUCCAGUCUGGUGUUCUUGUUUACGUUCUUGUUUACAUGCCCAACCCUCCCUGCAAUUUCCAAUUCAUUUACUUUGCAUUACUACAUGGGGAUCUGCCUGGCUCGAGAGCUGCAGCCAGUCCUCUGAGGCAUUCCCCGAACCGCAGCCUCAAUUCAUGCUCAAGCCAUCUGCCAUUAUCUACUAGAAAUGCUGUCAAAUCUAAAUGAGGACGUGGUCCCACAUAGUGUAAUACUUCAUAUUCUGUUUAAUUACCAUCAUCAUAUUCUAUAAAUCAGAUGUUUGUAGUGGCUGUCCUGUGUGGACCACCUAUCCAUUAAAUUAAAAAAACAAAACAGAACUAAAAGCUCAAAAACACAGGUCUGCUUCUUUAUUUGAAAAUAAAGUAAUAUUAAAAUUUGUUAUCAAAAAGAAAAUCAGCUGAAUUAAAAAGCUCGAGCAGGGUGUAAUAUGGUUAUUGGUCCAUACCAAUGAAAAAUGAAUGUAAAGUGCUGGCAAAGUAGCUGGUUAAACA